AUGCCGGACAGACCGCCUAUUGCACCUAGGGUCGCUCAACCUCCAGGAAAGACAUUUCUCAGAUUCUCUCCAGAUGGCCAGCGCAUGCUGGUCGCUGGCUGUGCCAACUAUGCCCGCUCAUUCAAGACGAACGACGAUGGAGAACCUGACAUGAUUGAUCAUGUUCACGAUGAUACUCUAGCAGUAGCUUGUGGAAAUGACUAUGCAAUUCUCGGAGCAGAAGACGGCUCCGUCUGCGAAUACGCUGUCGCCGACGGACACAACAAUAACCUCAAAGAGGUUCUUGUACGGUUUACUCUGCCAGUUCGUGCCCUGGCACUGUCUCCAGAUGAAGAGUUCAUUGCUGCCAGCAGCGACGAGAUUGAAGUCAAGGUCGUGAAUAGACACGAUAUUGAACGAAUCCACGUCCUACGAAGUCAACCCAAGCCAAUCAAGCACCUAAGUUACGAUCCGACAGGAAAAUGGCUAGCAGCAUCCUGUACGGAUGGCAAGAUCUACAUGUACAAUGUUGAAGAGGAGGAACCGAAAUUCGUGAAGGCAAUAGAUGGCAUUAUACAGAGGCUCGAGAUAGUCGACGAUACGACUUCGGCGUGCUUUUGGCAUCCUCAGGGCAAAGUCUUUGCGUGCGGUACUGCUUCCAGAGAAGUCAUUAUUGUGUCGGCCGAGGACGGCAAGAUCAUCAGACGGUUUGCUGGACUACACAACAGUCCAGUGACCUCGAUUUCUUGGUCACCGAAUGCCAGGCUACUAGCGACUUCGGCAAUCGAGGGCUCUUUGAUUGUCUGGGAUACAGUGACUGGUCAGGUGUUGCAACAAAACACAUACGAGAAGAUUCUUCACGUUGAGUGGCACAACAAGGGAGAGAAUCUGUUCUGCUGGACGAAUUCUUGGGGUGAGGUUUACAUUACGCCAGGCUUUCUGAAGAACCCAGCACAUGUAGAGCUGUUGAAAGGCGCGCAAGAGCAACCCUUGCCCGAGGCACAACAGAAACCGCCUCAAAACACUGUCCCGAUCAAAAAUGGUUUGAAUGGGGUAAAGCCAGUCCGACCCUUAGUCAAUGGACGUCCUCGAGCACACUCACCAGACAGUCUAGACGAGUACUUGGCUGAUGCAGAUGACGAUCAGUGGAUUGUUGACGAUGAUGGUGCUGGCUACACAAACGAGAACGGUAAACGCACAAAUGGUCAUCUUCAAGGAGCCAAUGGUCAUAUUGAGAAGAAGACCAGGCACGAAACCUGGCAGCCGCAAAUUCACGAAUCCUUCCAACCGGGUGCUACUCCCUGGCGCGGUGAUCGGAAAUAUUUAUGUUUGAACCUUACUGGCUUCGUCUGGACAGUCAACCACGACACUCACAAUACUGUUACUGUCGAAUUCUACGACCGAGAAACACAUCGUGACUUUCACUUUACGGAUCCUUUUCAGUACGAUAAAGCUUGUCUGAACGAGCAUGGCACUCUGUUUUCUGCCCCUCCCAAUCCCGCAGAGCAGCAGCCUGCCAUCAUCUUCUACCGCCCACAUGAGACCUGGACCAACAGAGCUGACUUCCGUGUCAGCCUGCCUGAUGGUGAGGAUAUUUCGUGUAUCGCAUUAAGCUCGAGAUAUGUCAUAGCAUGCACGAGCAAGAACUAUGUCAGAGUCUGGACACUAUUUGGUACACCAGUGCGCAUGUGGCGUAUGAAAUCUUCACCAGCCGUAACUUGUGCCGCGCACAACGACCUCCUAAUCACAGUCACGAACGGAGCCGUCAAUUCAGAUGGUACAACCCAACUCAUCUACAGCAUCGACAACAUCCGUUACGACGAAGCCCACCAGAACUCAGACCUAGUUGCCCUGGGAACGCCUCACCCAGACUCAGACAACUACGAAGACGAAUCAGUGACCCUGAAAUCUCUCUUCUGGACCGACACAGGCGACCCGGCUAUCUACGACUCAACUGGCACGUUACUUGUCCUCGUACACUGGCGCAACAUGGGCCAAGCGAAAUGGGUACCAAUACUCGACACCCGUCUCCUCGAGCGUCUUCAAGGCGGCAAGAAAGAAGAAACAUACUGGCCCGUUGCCGUCGCCGACCAGAAAUUCCACUGCAUUAUCCUCAAGGGUGGUGAUAAGUAUCCAUACUUCCCGCGACCGCUACUGUCAGAAUUCAACCUUAGCAUCCCCAUCAGCAGACCAUCUCCCAAGAAAAAGACCUCCAUAGAUGACGAUGGCAAUGAAAUCGACAUGGACGGCACCGAAGAAACCACAGCGCAUCAAAUAACCCGUCUCGAAGAAGCAUACGUCCGAAGCACGCUCAUGAUGUCCCUCCUUGACGAUUUCGUCACUUCUCACGGCGAACAUGCGCGUCACACUGACAAGACGGAGCUGACACGGCGUGAGAUCGAGGUUGAUAAAGUGCUUCUGCAGCUGCUGGCGUCGGAAUGUCGAGAAGGUGAGGAUAGGGGUAUGAAGGCUUUGGAGAUUGUAAGGAUGAUGAGGGAUCGUGGUGGGAAGAUGAUUGAGGCUGCUAGUAAGGUUGCGGGCAGGUGGGGAAGGACUGUGCUGGAGGAGAAGAUACGGGAGAUGGGGGAACGGAGGUUGGCGGGUGUUGAGGAGGAUGAAUAG